AGCACUCGCGCAUGCGCAGUCCGUGACCCAGUAUGCAGUGCGGUGGGGGCGGAAGUAGCGGCCUCGCACGGGAGCCGGGCCUCUCUCGGAUGUUAUGGAGGAGGCAGCGGCGGGGCAGGGACGACGCGCACUUCACAAGCGCCCUGGGGGCCCGACCUGGAAGGAGACGUACCGGCAGGGAUGCUUUCAGAGAAUGAAAAACAGCAGGGCCCGGCUCCUGGACAAGUAUCGCCGAGUGGGAGUAGCUCCCCGAGGCCUCAUGGCCCAGGAGGUGAUGGAGGCAGAGUGGCUGACCUUGCAGUCCACCCACGAGAGCUUGGCCCAGAGGUGCAGCAGGACUUUUGCACAGGUGGAGGACCCUGAGGAACUUGCUGUCCUGGAGGACAUCCAGCAGGAGCUGAUGAGUCAAGAACAAGCCUUCAUUGAGGAAUAUGAAAGGAGUUUGUGGUUUGACGACAGGUGCCUCUGGGCGCUGUUGGAGGGGCUGCAGACAGAUGGGCUCAUCUGUCCAGUGUGUUCAAGGUACAACCUGACUGUGGUAAGAGGCACAGUCCUGUGUCAGUGUGGCCUCCGUCUCUCGUCUCAGGCUCCAGAGCUGACAGAACAGAUCUUCCGGGCCCUCUUAGAGGAAAGUGUGAACAGACACAGUGAGUUCUGUGCCCACAGGCCUGAGUUUUCUGUCACCAGCGGAACAGAAGAAAAUGCCAGUCUUCUCCUGAGCUGUGUGGUGUGCGACACUUGGAUGGUUCUUCUCUGAUGGCCUCUGGAGGAUGUCCUCCUCGUGGAGCGAGGGGUCAUGUUUCUAUGGAUAAUUCUAUUUAUUCCUGGGUAUGGGGAGGGGACUGAGGGGAGCCAGGACUGACAUUGGACGCUGGAGGGGCCCAAGUGUUUUAUUUCUCAUCAUUCUGUGGUGGUGUACAAAAAUGCACAUGGAGCAAGGAAAUAAAAGGGUUAGGGAACAUGA